UUUCGUGCUCAGCUGUUAAACACAUUAGUAUUUGAAUGUUGCAUUUGGAGCAUCCCAAGACGGGCAAAGGCCUGGAGAUCAAUGAGUUUUGGCUGCGGGAUCAUUGUCGCUGCGGGGAGUGUCUUAACACGGAGACAAAUCAGAGACGUCUCGAUCUCUUCGAUUUGCCCUCGGAUGUGAGGGCUUUGCAGCACAACUGGGAGAAGAGGGCAGAGGAAGAGGAGCAGCUGGUGGUGCUAUGGAGCGACGGUCAUCGUUCGAUUUACACCUCGAGCUUCAUUUUCGACUCGCAGCUGGAGCAGCUGAUAAGCCGCAGGUCAAAGUCCACAACGCUGACCACAUGGAAUCGCAGCAUUGUACUACAGAACGAGAGACACUUGCGCUUCUCGCUGCCCCAAUUGGUGGCAAGUGAUGAGCAGGUCAAGUUGCUGAUCGCAGCCCUGGUGCGUUACGGUAUUAUCUUCAUCGAUGACGUGGCCCCCACGCCCACAAUGACUGAGCUGGCGCUGCGUCGCUGCUUUCCGCUGAUGAAGACCUUCUUCGGCGAGAUGUGGACAUUCAGUGACAGGCAGGAUCACGCGGACACGGCCUACACACAACUCUACCUGCGCUCCCACACGGACAACACGUAUUUCAGUGAUGCCGCCGGUCUACAGGCGCUGCACUGCAUCGAGCACUCCGGGGAUGCGGCUGGAGGAGAGAACUUCUUCGUGGACGGGCUGCAUGUGGUGCACGAACUGAAACGCAGUUAUCCAGCCGCCUAUGAGCUGCUUUGUCGGGUGCCAGUUCCCGCCGAGUACAUUGAGCAGGGCGAACAUCAUCGCCACACGGCGCCGAUCAUUCGCAUCGAUCCUCUGACUGGCGAGCUCCUUCAACUCCGCCUCAACAUCUACGAUCGUGCGGUGUUUGAUACUCUGCCCCAGCAGCAGAUGGCCGAGUUCUAUGCCAGCCUGCGGCAACUGUUGCAGCUUGUGCGGGAUGAGCAGCAGCAGUGGCAAGUGAAGCUGCAACCCGGCAGCAUUGUGCUCUUCGACAACUGGCGAGUUCUCCAUGGUCGACACGCUUAUUCCGGACGUCGUACCAUGUCCGGAGCAUAUGUACAACGUACUGACUUCCAGAGCAAGGCCCGCACUCUUGGCAUCAUUGAGUAGAAGUAAUUCCAGUCCGUCAGUCAGUCAGUCAGUCAGUCAGUCUGUCAAUUGGCAAUUGCAAGUCUGUCAUAAAAAAUUACGAUUACAAUCAAUGGACAACGUCUAAUUCGUAUCGGCAACAAAAACCAAACAAAUAUUGUUUCGCAUUUGUUUUUAUGGCAAACGUCUCAUACGAGUACUCACAAAUGUGUAUAUGUAUGUGCCUUUGUGUGCGGAUUAAACAAAAUGGUGGCUGACGUACCCAAAAACAAACGUAAAACGCA